UAACAUAUAUACGGAGUACUUUGUAUAACAUUAAUAUCAUCAAGAUUCAACAUGCAACAUCGUAUAAUUUGUUUGGUACUCUUAUACUACAUACUUUUUAUUUCAACACAUAUCUUAUUUGUUCAUGCAAACUUUCCCUUUUUUGGAUACGGGGUACAAUCUCGUACGAGACAAUAUCAUCGUCUUCCUCUAGGACUCGAUGCAUUUGGGCCUGAGGCUAUAGCAUUCGAUUGCAACGAUGAGGGUCCAUACGUAGGGGUGUCCGAUGGCCGGAUACUCAAGUGGGAAGGAACUAGUUGGAAUCUUUUUGCUGUAACCAGUUCCAAUAGGUCAAAUACGUGUGAUGGGACAAACAGUACACCGGUUGAACAAAAGUGUGGCAGACCAUUAGGUCUAAAGUUCAAUAUGAAAACAUGUGAACUGUACAUUGUCGAUUCUAGUUAUGGUUUGGUGAAGGUAGGCCGUGAUGGCGGUGUAGCCACUUCCCUUGCCACCGGUGUCCAAGGAAUUCCGUUUAUGUUUCUAAAUGACCUUGACAUCGACUCUGAAAGUGGAGCUAUUUAUUUUACAGAUACAAGUUCUACUUACCAUAGAUGGGAAUAUCUUGAGUCAAUAGCUACAUUUGAACAGAGUGGAAGAUUGAUAAAAUACGAUAUGAAUACAAAAGCCUUGACAGUUCUUCUUAGAGAUCUGUAUUUUGCAAAUGGGGUUGCGUUAAGCAAGAACAAGGAUUUUAUUCUAGUAGCUGAAACAAGUGCUUUUCGAGUAAUCAGGUAUUGGCUCAAUGGUCCUAAACUUGGAACUUCAGAGGUCUUUCUCAAAGUUGACGGACUACCAGAUAAUAUUAAUACAAAUUCUAAAGGUGAUUUUUGGAUUGCAAAAGUUCCAACUAAACCAAUUAAAGUUGAUGAAUAUGGAAAUAUAUUAGAAACUUUGGAUACAUUUCACAUAACAGAUUCAAGUGAUGUCUUUGAAUUCCAAGGUAAUUUAUGGAUAGGGGCUGUUGAUCAACCUUAUGUUAUUUACACCACAUGACUUCCUGUGGAAUUGUCGAUGCUUAUUUAGCCGUUAUGGACUUAUAAGCACACAUUUCAACCAGUGAAAAAGAGUAGCGUUUAAUCAUUGUGUAUCCUCAAAUAGAACAUUGGGGUUAUUAGAAUUCAUUUUAGCUGGAAUGCCAUUUGCUCAUGUUUAUUUUUGGAUACUUCAUGUAUUUAUAUUUUCAUACACGGUUUAUAGGUCAUACAUACUUCAAAUAUAUAUUCUACUCUAUAAAUAUUGUGUUGUUUAUCAUUUACUAUGGUAACUAAGUUUCACG